AUGUUUCGGAAAGAGUUCCUCCCCGACGCCAAAUACGUCGUCGGCCAAGACCACUACGGGAACGUGUACUUUGAGGUGCCCGCCGCGCGUCGCAUGAAGCGCAUCAGCUCGCACGGGUUGACGCACGACUCACCGCCAGAGAAAAUCGAUGCCUUCAUGAAGGGCCAAUAUCAAAACAAGACCCCGACCGAAUGGCAGCAUUGGCUACGCCACGCGCGAGCAGAUCCUCCGAAAGAACAUGAAAUCUUGAUGAAUGAGCAUGUCAGAAUGCGCACGCUUCAAAGAGCUCACGAUAAAGAUCUGAAACAUCAACAGUGGAAAGAGGAGAAAGAACAAGAAAAAGUACUCGAAGAAAAGUAUGGAAAACAAGAAAAUUAUAAAUCUGAGCAAUAUGUCGAUCCAACAGCUGAAACUGAAGAAUGGAAGCCUUAA